GACGCUAUCUUGGCCUGGCCGACCUUCGCCCCCGCGCCGCCCGGGCCAGGGCGAGCCAAUGACUGUCGCGAUCUGGUUGCAUGUGACAGGGGGCGGGCCCUUCGCCGGAAGGGUGAGGUUUGUACAUAUGGACCAGAAACUUUCAGAGUUGGUGGAAGAGCUCACGACUUCAGGAGAGCCCCAAGUGAACCCCAAGAAAAUGAAGGAGCUGAAGAAAAUUUGCAAGUCUUCAGAGGAGCAGCUUGGUCACACCUACCACCUGCUGAUGGCCCAGCUGAGCCAGGAGCACGCCGAGGUCCGCCUCUCCGCUUUCCAGGUCCUGGAUCAGCUCUUCGCCAGGUCUCACCACUUCAGGAUGCUAGUCGUUUCCAACUUCCAGGAGUUCCUGGAGCUCACACUGGGCACCGACCACGAGCGGCCCCUGCCGCCCCCCAGGGAGGUGGCACAGAAGCUGAGGCGGGCCGCCACCCGGGCCGUCCGCGGCUGGAACGAGAAGUAUGGUACAGCCUAUAAGAAGCUGGCCCUGGGCUUCCACUUCUUAACGCACAACAAACAGGUAGAUUUCCAAGAUGUGGACGCUAGGACUCUGGCGGAGAGAAAGCGAGCAGAGGAGAAACAGAAGCGCUUGGACAGAAUCUACAAGGAGAGGUCUGAGCAGGCCGUGCGGGAGAUGGAAGAAAUGUCCGGGGAGAUCCGGAGCUGCCUCAUGGAGCUGGAGAGCUGCUUCCGACUGCUGGUGCCCUUUGACCUUGACCCGACCCCGGGGGCUGCCUUGCCCGCCAUGGCCGAGGAGGGUGGCAGGGACGAGGAGCAGCCCUGCUGCAGCAAGACCCUGGCCAUCUGCGCCCGCCGCCCGGGAGCCGCGGGUGCGGAGGGGCCGCCCUCGGAGGACAAGGACGAGGACAGCGACCCGGAAGGGUUUGUGCGGCACCACGGGCUGGGCUCCCGCGAGUACACGCUCGAGGUGGAGCUCUCCUCAGACAGCCUGAAGGUGCACGAGGAUGAGGACAACCUGGUCGUCAUCCACGUGGCCCAGGACACGCUCAGGCUCAUCCAGAACAGGUUCCUGCCAGCUGUGUGCUCCUGGGUCCAGCUGUUCACCCGCGCAGGGACACAUGGCGGGCACUUGGAGGGUGCCAUCGACCUGAAGGCCGAGCUGGAAACUGCCCUGCGGCGAUCUCGGGAGCUGGAUGUCAUGCCCGAGGAGGGCUGCAGGAGAGAGGCGGCAGCCACGGGAGACAGGGACGAGGACGAGGACGACGAGGACUUUGUGGAGGUCCCGGAGAAGGAGGGCUAUGAGGCCUGCAUCUCUGAGCACCUGCAGCCUGAGUGUGGGCUGAAGAAAGACCCGGCCACACUGGCCUCGCAGGCGAGGAAGAGAACAGGGAGCAGCGAGGAGGCCUGUGACCCCACCUCUGCGGCCGCCCAGCUGCAUUGGCUCCAGCGCUACUUGCCCCCAGCCUUGCCCCCGAGCCCCAGGGUGCCGCUGGGUCCAGAGGAGGCCGAGAAGCUGGCGGCAGAGCGGGCCCGGGCGCCUGUCGUGCCCUUUGGGGUGGACUUGUGCUGCUGGGGCCGAGAGGAGCCGAUGGCCGGGAAGAUCCUCAAGUCCGACUCUGAGCACCGCUUCUGGAAGCCCCGCGAGGUGGACGCGGAAGUAGAGAGCGCCGCUGUCUCUGAGUCUCUCCGGAGCCGCCAAAUCACCUUUGCGGGGCGAUUCGAGCCCGUGCAGCACCGGUGCCGUGCCCCCCGGCCCGACGGCCGGCUCUGCGAGCGCCAAGACCGCCUGAAGUGCCCUUUCCAUGGGAAGAUCAUCCCAAGAGAUGACACGGGACGGCCCCUCCAUCCGGAGGACAGGGCCCGCGAACAGAAGCAGCGGCUGCAGAGGCCGGCGGGGCGCCGAGCCUGGCAGGACCCUGAGCUCAUGAGGGACGUGGAGGCAGCCACUGGGGUGGAUCUCGGCUCGUCCGGGCCCGGUGGGAAGGGCAGGCGGCGGCGGUCCGGCCUCACCGACCUCAAGCGGCAGGCGGACACAGCGCGUGCACGCAUCGCCAAGAAGGUCUUCGCCAAGGCCGCUGUGCAGAGGGUGGUCGCAGCCAUGAACCAGAUGGACCGGAAGAAGCACGAGAAGUUUGCAAACCAGUUUAACUACGCGCUGCAUUAGAGCGCCAGGCCGGGUCCACUCUGGUCGCCGGCUCCUCUUCUGCUGCUGGUGAGCUAGGAUGGGAAGGCAGACCCGGGUCUGGGCUGUAACAACAGCCACAAUUACAGUGUGUAUUCAACGUGAAGAAAUGGUGCACUUUCUGCUUAAAGCGCCCCAGAGGUGUGGACUCUGUCCUCCUGCGGGGCACCACGGCCAUCGCUUACGGGUCUGACUGCCCAGUAGCCCGGGGUGAACUCGGGCAGCCGUGUCCACAGGGGGGUGUCUUGUACAGCCUGUGCCCUCUGUGGUGUGACUCAGGGCCGCUCAUCAUCCAGGACGCGUGCGCAGCCUCCGGCCCUGCCCCCCAGCCUUCUCCUGCUCGGAGGAAAACCCACAUUUCCCGUUGACUCGAAGGGGAGCCAGCUGUUUGCUCUCGGCGUUGCCAGCUCACAGGCAUGCUGGUGGUGGUUCCACGUCAGAAUGCAGGGAACUUCCUCACUCUUUGUUUUUCUAAAAUCCACUUUAUUGAGACGUAACUCACGUACCGUGACGUUCACGCCUUUGAAGUGUACGGUUCGGUGAUGUUACACACACUCACAGUGUUGUACAGUCUCCACCCCUGUCUAGUUCCAGAACUUCUCAUCACCCUAAAAGAAGCCCUGCUCCCAGCCCCGGCCCCUCUGGCCUCCUGUAUCUGGAUUUGCCUUCGCUGGACGUUUCCUGUGAAUGGAGUCAUAGCAGCCUGUGGCCCUUUGUGUCUGGCUGCCUUCACUUAGCACAGCGUGUUCAGGGUUCUUCCCUGCUGGGGCCUCUGUCCGUGCUUCAUGCCUUUUUAUGAGCGGAUAACUCACCCCUGUAGGAACAUACUGCACUUUGUUUAUCCGUUCAUUGUGGGCAUUUGGGUUGUCUGCACUUCGGGGUGAUUGUGGAUGAUGUUGCUGUGGCCACUUGUGUACGGGUUUUUGCGGGGGCAUAUAUUUUCCUUCCUUUUGGGUUUAUACCUACAGGUGGAACGGCUGGGUCACGUGGUAACUCUGUGUUUAACUUACUGAUUGAAUUGCCAAAACAUUUUCCAAAGCAGCUGCACCGUUUUCUAUCCCCACCAGCAGUGUAUUAGGGUUCUCGUUUCUCCAUGUUCUUGGCAACAUUUGCUUUUAUCAGUCUUUUUAAUUUUAGCCAUCUUAGUGGGUAUGGAGUGGUGUAUCAUUGUGGUUUUGAUUUGACUAAUGAUAUUGAACAUCUUUUCAUGUGCUUAUUGGCCAUUUGUGUAUUUUCUUUGGUGAAACAUCUAGAUCCUUUGCCCAUUUUUUUUUUUUAAAGUCUCUUUAUUCUUUUUUUUUUUUAAAUUAAUUAAUUAAUUAAUUUAUGGUUGUGUUGGGUCUUCGUUUCUGUGCGAGGGCUUCCUCUAGUUGUGGCAAGUGGGGUCCACUCUUCAUCGCGGUGCGCGGGCCUCUCACUAUCGCGGCCUCUCCUGUUGGGGAGCACAGGCUCCAGACGCGCAGGCUCAGCAAUUGUGGCUCACGGGCCCAGUCGCUCCACGGCACGUGGGACCUUCCCAGACCAGGGCUCGAACCCGUGUCCCCUGCAUUGGCAGGCAGACUCUCAACCACUGCGCCACCAGGGAAGCCCUGCCCAUUUUAAAUUGAAUUGUUGUUUUGAAUUGUAAGAGUUCUUUAUAUAUUCUGGAUACUAGAUCCUUAUAUGAUUUGCAAAUAUUUUCUCCCAUUCUGUGUUUUCACUUUCUUGAUCGUAUUCUUUGAAACACAAAAAUUAUGAAUUUUGAUGAUACCCAAUAUAUCUAUUUUUCCUUUUGUCACUUGUGAUUUUGGUGUCAUAUCCAAGCAGCUGUUGCUUACUCCAAGGUCAUGAAUAUAUACUCUUAUGUCUUCUUCUAAGAGUUUUAAGAUGUAGCUGUUCAUUUUAGGUCUUUGGUCCAUUUUGAGUUAAUUUUUCUUUUUUAAUUUUAUUUAUUUAUCUUUUAUUUAUUUAUUUUUGGCUGUGUUGGAUCUUUGUUGCUGCACAUGGGCUUUCUCUAGUUGCGGCGAGCGGGGGCUAUUCUUCAUUGCGGUGUGCGGGCUUCUCAUUGUGGUGGCUUCUCUUGCUGUGGAGGACAGGCUCUAGGUGCGCGGGCUUCAGUAAUUGUGGCUCGCAGGCUCUAGAGCGUAGGCUCGGUAGUUGUGGCUCGCGGGCUCUAGAGCACAGGCUCGGUAGCUGUGGCACACGGGCUUAGUUGCUCCAUGGCACGUGGGAUCUUCCCGGACCAGGGCUCGAACCCAUGUCCCCUGCAUUGGCAGGCGGAUUCUUAACCACUGCACCACCAGGGGAGCCCCAUUUUGAGUUAAUUUUUGUCUGUGCUUCAUUCGUGUGGAUAUUCAGUUGUCUCAGCAUCAUUUGUCGAAAAGAUUAUUCUUUCUUCCAUUAAAUUGUCUGCACUUUUCUUGAUCAUCAGUUGACAAUAAAUGUGUGAAUUUAUUUCUGGACUCUCACUUCUAUUCCCUUCACCUAUAUAUCCUAUGCUACUGCUACAAUGUCUUGAUUAAUGUAGCUUUCUGGUAAGUUUCGAAAUCCUCCAACUUUGUUCUUUUUAAACAUUGUUUUGGCCAUUCGGGGUCUUUUGCAUUUCCAAACAAAUUUUUGAGCCACCUCACGUGUCUGUCGCUGUUGCUAAAAAUAAAGGGUAAUGGAAUCUCAAAAA